AUGGAGCUCAAACCAGCCUUCCUUGCCAUCGCGGUGCUGUGCCUCGGGCUGCCACCGGCGGCAUUGUCCCAGAGGGCACCACCGCCGGUCGCCGAAACGCCGGCGCCAGCCCCGGCGCCGCGCCACGUCAACCUCACGGACCUGCUCUCCCUGGCCGGCCCCUACGGCACGUUCCUCGACUACCUCGUCCGGACCGACGUGAUCCGGACGCUCCAGAGCCAGGCCGACGCCCCGGGCGGCCAGGGCGUGACCGUGUUCGCGCCCGAGGACUCGGCGUUCGCGGCCGUCGGCGGCGCCGCGCUGCCCGGCCUCGCCGCGGACCAGCUCCGCGCGCUCAUGCUGUGCCACGCGGCGCCGCGGUACCACCCGCUCUCCUCCUUCGCGGCGCUGGCCGCCGCGCCGGGCCCCGUGCUGCCCACGCUCGCCGGCGGGGAGCAGUGCAUGGUGAACAUCACUUACGCCGCAGGCAGGAUCCGCGUCGCGUCGGGCUGGACCAGGGCGGCCAGGCUCGUCAGCAGCGUGUACUCGACGCCGCCGGUCGCCGUGUACGCGCUGGACAGGGUGCUGCUGCCCCGGGAGCUGUUCCCGAACGAGCCCGCCGUGGCGCCCGUGCCCGCGCCCGCGCCGCCGGCGCGCGGGGGCGAUGCGGCCGACGGCGCCCCGGCCGGCACCGGGCAUGGUUUCAGCAGGAGCCCGUCGUGCCGGGUCGGUGCUGGUCGCGUUCUUGUUGGCCACCUGACCCUCCUGGCUUCCGUGUUUCUGAUGAUGUAGACGCCGAUUUCUCUGUGCCGCACGGUGAAACUUUGUUGCUGUAAGAGGAGUGAGGUUUCUGUUGCACGUUGCCCGUGUGUUAUUAUUGCAGACGUGUCGAUUUGUU